AUGGAAAAGAUGAUGAAACAUCAAGAGCUAACCAGCAAGAGCCAUGAAGCUUCAAUGCAGAAUCUACAGAGGCAAAUUGGCCAAUUAUCCAAGCAAACAGUGGUUGAGAGACCAACCAAUGCAUUACCAAGUGACACCAUUCCCAACCCCAAGGAGGAAUUCAAAGCAAUCCAAUUAAAAAGUGGAAGAACUUUGGUGAAUGACAAAGAAGCCACCAAGAAGCUAACACAGGAUGACAAGACCAGCAGUAAAGAGCAAGUGACAAUUGGAGAAAACAACCAAGAAAGGCUCAAGGAAAAAGAGGAACCUCAAGCUUCAAAGAAGGGGAAGCAAAUCAUGGAGGAGCCAUCACAAGAACAGAGGAAGUUAGUGAAGCCUUACACCCCUCCUUUGCCAUACCCUCACAGAUUGCAGAAAGAAAUAAAAGAUCAACAGUUCCCCAAGUUCCUAGAAGUCUUUAAGAAGCUAGAGAUCAAUAUCCCACUUGCAGAAGCUCUAGAACAAAUGCCUCUAUAUGAAAAAUUUCUCAAAGAGCUUAUCAAUAAGAAAAGAAGCUGGAAUGUGAAAGAGACAGUGAUUUUAACCCAGGAAUGCAGUGCUAUCAUCCAAAGAGGUCUACCACCAAAGCUCAAAGAUCCAGGAAGCUUCAUCCUAUCUUGCACUAUAGGCAACAGAACGUUAGAUAAAGCUCUCUGUGAUCUAGGAUCCAGCAUAAACUUGAUGCCUUUCUCAUUAAUGAAGUGGCUUGCGAUAGAGAAACUCAGGCCAACUAGAAUGUCACUUCAAAUGGCUGACAGAUCGCUCAAAAUACCUAAUGGAGUUGGAGAAGCAACAACCUGA